GCCAGUGGUCAGUGUCGGUUGCCAGGUCUCUGUGGUCAGUGCGUACUCUGCGGACCGGUCCACUGCCGUCUUUGGAUUAAUGAACAGUACUUUGCUGAUUUACGGCACCAAUAACUUCAGUGAUUACCAAGAGAGAUUAUUUUUUUGAGUUUAAUGUGAUGCUCAACUCAAUAACUAUCAUCAUACAAGUCUUCAAGUAAGAUACUUUAAAGGAAGUAAGGAUACAGAUUUCUGGUGAAAAACUAAAAGAUGACCGUGUCAUACACAGCAGAUAUAGCGAAUGGAGGGAGGUUGGUGAAUAUAUGGCGUGUGAUGAUAAGAUGGCGGGGCAGCUUAUAUAAGCUGAUCUGGCAAGACUUGUUAUUAUAUUGCAUUCUAUUUGUGGCCAUCAACUGCAUGCACACAUAUCUAAUGCCAGUAUACAUGCAGCAAUUUCUGAACAAGCUCAAAGGUUAUUUGUCCUCAAAUAUCACCUCGUUUCCUGUGCCAUUUGUGCUGAGUUUCUUUGUGGACCAAGUGGCAGUUAAGUGGUGGCACCAAUACCAGAUGAUCCCUUCCCCAGACACACUCGCUCUGUACACAAAUGCGGCCAUUCCAGGUAAGGACGAGACGUCUCGGUUGAUCCGUAGGACAAUCGUCAGAUACGCUGUCCUUUCAUUGGUUCUCACACUUCGCAAUAUCAGCACCAGAAUCAAGAAAAGGUUUCCAACAAUUAAGCAUGUCGAAGAAGCAGGCUUCAUGUUGCAAGAAGAGAAAGAACAUUAUGACAAACUUGAGACCCAAGUAACUGCCAACAACUGGAUGCCUUUAGUUUGGGCUGCAAACAUUGCAACCCACGCAAAAACUUUGAACAAAACAUCAUCUGACCAGUGUUUACGACUGGUGAUCACUGAACUGACUGCACACAGAGAUAAGUUAGGUAUUCUGGUGGGUUACGAUUUAGUUAGCAUUCCACUGGUGUAUACUCAGGCCAUGGUAGUUGUGGUGGUCAGUUACGUUAUUAUCACUCUCUUCAGCAAUCAGCCAUUCAACGAUAGCAGUGAGAUUAGUCUGAUAGGAGUCACAUUGUCUUCUUUGACAAACUUCAUCAUUUACGUAGGUUUGAUGAAAGUUGCUACUGUGAUGUUGAAUCCAUUUGGAGAAGAUGAUGAUGAUUUUGAACUGAAUGCUACAGUAGACCGGCACAUCACAGCAGCAUACAUGAUUGUCGACGAGAUGCAUGAAGAUGAACCGGAAGUUGUCAAGGAUGUGUACUGGGAUGAAAUUGUUCCAAAGGAAUUACCAUACACUAUAGCAUCGGCAGGUUACCGAAAGCUUGAACCAAACUGUGGGGUGGAUUCAACAGACUUAAGCAAACAGGCAAAAAACAGAUUCAAUGGUAUGAAAAGAAGCUCCACAAGGUCUUCUAACACUUAUUAUAAUGUACAGAAAGCAAGUGCAAACGGUAUGGAAAGUUCGACUUCAAAAUCCGGUAUAUACUACAAUGUAGAAAUGAAAAAUGGAACAAUAGUUGUGCCAAAGAUCAAAUCAAAAUCUCAAAAAAAUAAGAACAAAGUCAACCCCAGUAUAUAUUGGAAAAAAGAAGAAGAUUCAGACCUAUACGAAUUUCCUGAGAAUAUUAAUUACAUACCCCCUGAUCAGCCCAGUACAUCGAAGCAAUAUGUUGGCCAAGUAAAGCGAUACUGAGUAACAUUAGAUACUGUGUCAUAAGGUGUAUUUUAAUAUAAGACUGUGAGAUAUACUGCAUUGACGUCAUGGAUUCAAGUUCACUAUUUAUUGUAAAAUUAUUUAAGUAUUUGAUGAUAAUGUUUAUAAAAUAUGAUGUAUGGUAUAAUUAAUUCAUUUAGUGUACUGAUGUACUCACUCAGAUCUUUUCUGUCUGGUUCUUUAUUUCUAUUUAACUUAUCAGAGUUCACUAAAAAUCUUGAACAGAUAAAACUGUUUAUUAGAAAGAACUUAAUUAGUGAAAAUUACAGUCAAAAAUAUUAUUUUACAUCAGUAUUUGUGUAUUAUUAUGUAACAUAUGUUUUAUAAAAACAAACAAAGGUGUUCUCUCAGAAUUUGUUUACUUGUAUAGCAUUGUAACAAUUAAUAUUUCCCACCGUUAAUAUUAAUACGUCUAGUCAGCAAUAACAAAAUCCUUGAAACUGUAAUAUUAUUCAGGUUCUGAUAAUUAAUGUGGAUGAAACACUAUUAAUGCCACUUAAUUACUUAUUUCAUGCUGGUUUAAUAAUAUUGAAACUAAUUUGAAUAGUCAAAUGGCUUAAAGCUAAAAAUUGUGGAUCUCAAUACUGCUCAGUAUUAUAUAAAUGUAUGUUAAGCUGUUUAGAAUAUCAUAAUCCACGUUUUACACAUAAUAUUAUUACUCAUACAACUAUAGUUUACUUGUGACUUUUUCAAUAUUAGGAUUAAGGACUUACAUUGUAUAUGACUUAUACUGGCUCACUGUCAAGGGUACAUGAGGUUAGAGUCCAAACAUUUAGGCAAUAAACACAAUUUUAAAUACUUUAACUGUGAGAUAUAAAAUUUUGUGAAUAUUGUUGACAGAUUUCGUUAGUUUAAAAUGUCUUGACAGUGACCACUGAAGAUUUGUGUCCAAGCCCAGCGAAAAAUAGAAAUAGGAAAGGAACACUAGCACUGACACUUUCUCGUUGGCAGUUCACAGUGCUAACUGUCGUGUUAAUUGUUAUGUUCCUUUUCCAACCCAAGCACAGCACUGUACCGUAGUCAUUGGUAUCUAUAAACUAUCUUAUAAGUCUAAGAAAAAUUAAUGUUUAUUUGUUCACCAACACUGUGAUAAGUUAAUUCAUUGUGUAAGGUGUACAUUUUUGUAAGUUAGUUCAAAAUUAGUGCAAUACCAAUCAAUUAUUUUGUUAUUCGUAUAAGAGAUAAAGAAGACCUAGUUGUACUGUAGCUUAGAUCCUCAGGUUGGUGCCAUGUUUAUAUAUUCUGCUAGAACAACAGAGCUAUUCUAUGGGGGUAUUUUAUCUAAUAUGUGGGAGACUAUAUCUAGUAAGCAGUCCAGAAGCACUAGAGUUCUGCUGAUGGUCAUGAUACGAAUAUGAAUAAGUGACUUGCUAAAGUGAGGAAGUCACUAGAGUUCUAACUGAUAAUUUGAUCUAACAGCUGGUCAGUUCCAAAAUAUGUUUUUUUGCGAUAGGGCUCUCACUUACCUCUAUGCCCUACUGAUUAUCCCACUGACCAAUAACAACUGAUCAUUAAAAGCCUCAUAGAAUCAGCUUUCAAAACAGCCUUGAGGCCAAGAAUGCUACUCUCGUAAAAAAAGGAGGUUUUAAAAGAAGUAGAAUGGAAGAUCAGUCACAUUCAUCUUCACUUGUAUAUUCAGAUUCCAUUCAAAUCUUGUAAAUUUGUUAUUGAUAAAUUCUAUACAUUUAAAGAUGUUGUAUACCGGCAUGUCUAAAUAACAAGUCACAUAAUUUUUGAAGUGUAAACUAAAAUGGCUUAAAAAUCAUGAAAAUGUUUUUGAUUUAUUUUUAUAUCUUGCUUAUUAAUUAAGUUUGUCCCAUUUCUGAUGGAGUAUUAUUAAAUGCUUUUGUCUCCGUACUCUAUAUUUUCUCGAUUUGUGUUGGGAAGAUGUUUCUUACGCUUUAAAUGCUGAGUUUAUGAAAAACUUAAAGAUUAGUUCCUUAUUUUUUGUUUCUUAGUCCUAAAUAAACAUUUUUGUCAGCUACUGCUUCUUAUAUUACAAGAGAUCUUAAGUUUAUUCCUUUGUAUACCAAAACAGGUUUGUCUGCUUCACUUAAUUACUGCAUUUUUGUCUUCAGGGAGAAUUCAAGUGAUUACAAAAGCUGAUAUCUGUUAUUUUUUAAUAAGUAGUAAUAAUAUCUGUCUGUACUUAAUAAGCAGUAUGUAUACGCAAACAUAUUGCAGAUUUUAUCCUGAGUAUUACCUUGUAUUAUUUGUUGUAUAACUGUGAAUAAAGUGUACAUUUAAAAAUAAUCACAGUAA